AUGGGUUCGAAGCGGUGGAGGCGUUCGAGGAGUGCGACGCAGCGGAGGGCGUUGGAGGAGAUUUACGAGGAAUCGCUCGAGGCGAGGUCGCUGCGGGUGGUGCUGGAAAACGUCAAGGAUUCCGAGCUCGCGUUGGCGCACGCGGAGGCGACGGCGAGGAACGCGUGGGCGAAGUCGUUGGAGGAAGCGAGCGAAGAGAAAUGGGCGACGCGAGUGGAGGAGACGGAGAAGGAGAACGCGAAGUUGAGGCUCGACGCGCACAAGCGUGACGUAGAGCUCGUCGCGGCGAAAGCCGAGGCGAAGCGAUUGCGCGAGACGCGGGCGGAGAAGCCGAAGCUCGUCAACGCGGUUGUGCAGACGGAGACCGAAGUCGAGGAAUCUGCGGUGCACAAACGAGAGAUCACGGCGAAGGAUGCGGAAAUACUGGCGUUACGUCGCGAACUUGACAUCGCCAAGACGCAAAUGGAACGCGAGACGCGAGCGCACGCCGAAGAAUUCGACGCGCUUCAGGACGAGCUCGCAAAGACAAAGGAAGCGUCGGAACGACGACGCGAACGCGAACUCGCUCAGAUUAAAGAUCGCGCGGCAUUUUUCGAGCGGUGCAGCCACACCGCGGACGAGCGCGCGAAUGGUGCAGAGGCCACGGCUCACGCGUUGCGCGAGGAGUUUUUGAUGAUUGAAUCCGAAGUGAAAAAACUCAAGGAGCAAAUGGCGCGCAACGCCGAGCACGCCGCGGAAGAAAAAGAGUCCAUCAUGUCUGCGUUGGCUGCCGCGCAGGCGCGAGCGAAAACACCGAGUUGCAAGCGAAGGUGA